AUGAGGAUCAAUUUGGUUCCUGUACUUCUCUCCCUGUUCAUCAUCUUCAACCUAUCCGCCAUCGCAGUAUCUGAGACAGCAGAAACUUCAAUUUUCUUCAACACGACAAGCCAAUGGCUCCAAUUCCGGGCGAAUUCCAACCAAACCACGAUCGAAUUCUCCAUCCCAACAAUAAUCGCCGCCGUUCUCUCUUUCUUCGCCGCCUCGAUCUCCAGCGCCGGAGGAAUCGGCGGCGGAGGUCUCUUCAUCUCAAUAAUGACGAUCGUCGCCGGACUCGAAAUGAAGACGGCGUCGAGCUUCUCGGCGUUCAUGGUAACCGGCGUCUCCGUCGCGAACGUCGGAUGCAAUCUCUUCGUGAGAAACGCUAAAUCGGGAGGCAAAACCUUAAUCGAUUUCGAUCUGGCGCUAACUCUUCAGCCAUGUCUGCUUCUCGGAGUAAGCAUCGGAGUGAUCUGUAACCGUGUGUCCCCUAAUUGGCUAGUGACGUCACUCUUCGCCGUCUUCCUCGCGUGGUCGACGAUGAAGACUUGUAAAAAGGGGAUUUUUUAUUGGAAAAUGGAAUCGGAGAGAGCGAAGGUUGGGAGUAGAAAGGGAGACGAAGACGAGGGAGGAGCGAGAUCGCCGCUUCUGAGUAACGAAGGAGAAGACGAGGGAAGAGAGAUCAGGUUUCCAUGGAUGAAGCUCGGAGUUUUGGUGAUUAUCUGGCUAUUGUUCUUCUCCAUUAAUCUCUUUCGAGGAAAUAAAUACGGCGAGGGAAUCAUAUCGAUCAAGCCAUGUGGAGCUCUCUACUGGAUCCUCUCGUCUCUGCAGAUACCUCUCACUAUCUUUUUCACUCUCUGGAUUUGCUUCAGUGACAGUGUUCAAAGCAGCCACACAUCACAUAACCAAGACAAUGAAAGGGAGAUUGGAGAUGCGAGAAGGAGCCAUGGAGUAAGAACGGACAAGUUUAUGCUCCCUCUAAUGGCUCUCUUGGCAGGAGUUUUGGGUGGCCUUUUCGGUAUUGGCGGUGGAAUGCUUAUUAGUCCUCUUCUUCUCCAAAUUGGUAUUGCUCCUGAGGUAACUGCAGCAACAUGUUCUUUCAUGGUUCUGUUUUCUUCAACUAUGUCUGCAAUCCAGUACCUAUUACUGGGUAUGGAACACGCUGGAACCGCUGCCAUAUUCGCUCUGGUCUGCUUUGUAGCGUCUCUGGUCGGACUAAUGGUGGUUAAGAAGGUUAUAGCCAAGUAUGGGAGGGCUUCGAUCAUUGUGUUUGCAGUUGGUAUCGUCAUGGGACUGAGUACUGUACUGAUGACAACACAUGGAGCUCUUAAAGUCUGGGAUGAUUUUGUGUCUGGUCGAUACAUGGGUUUCAAAUUACCCUGUUGAGAUUUACAACAAAAAGACUAGUUCUUUACAUGCUUCAUUUGGUCAACCUC